AAAUACACAAAAAACACUUUAAUAUAAUUUCUAUUUAUUUAUUCUACAGUAACAAAUAAAUAAUACCAACCAAAAAUAUAAGAAAACAAAAUUCGUAUUCUAUACUUUUAUUUGAAGGAUAUUCCACUAUUUUUUUUUCUUUUUGUUAUUUGAAAUUUCUUCUAUUCAAAUGGAUUUCUCGUCUUUGAGUGCAACCCGAAUCGAAGCAAAAGCAUAUCCUUGCGACGGCAGUGAUGUUGAGCUGCGUGAAUUCCAAGGCAAACAAGGAAAACACAGAGGAGGCCACCAUGCUUCCAAAGAAGUCUUUGAUGCUCUCUUCUCCACCGUCGAAGGCGACGUUGGCGAUCUAAGUGAUAACUUGAUCAAUGCCAAUGUGACCUUUGGCGAAUUGGCUUCAUUAUCUAACAAAGAUCUCGAACUGAUUGGCUGUAACGAUGAAAACCAAAGACUAUCACUUCUUGAGUUCUUUAAAUUGAUGCCCAAACAAGAUCGUUCCUACACACAAAUAAUGCAAUCUGAAGAAGCACAAUUAUACAAUGAGACUAUUUUAAGAAGAACUUCAUCUCAUUUAGAAGCGAUGCGAUCGGCUUUGGCGGCUGCAAACUAUAAACUCAAAAUCAUUCCAUCAGAAGAUGUUGUCUUGGGGGAGAAGAAUUUCGCAAGUCGAUUUGUUUUAGAUGCUUUGGAAGAGCUUCAGCGAGUUACGAAUGAAAUUGAGAUACAACUUAAUGAACUUGAAAAGCAAACAAAUCCGGAUUCGGAUAAAAAUAAGAAGAAUCCGUUGAAUAUGAAAAGUUUUAGUAUUUUGCUAUCAACUGCUUUAGUUACCUCUUUGGGAUUUUAUGUUUGGAAAUCGGUGAGAAGCAAAUAAAUUGAGCUGAAAGAGGAAACGAAAUAUUUAAAAAAAAAACUUUCGAAUUUUCAAUUUUUUUUUGUGUUCCUUAUUAACUUCUUGAAAAAGCUUUUAAAAAAAACUAAAAAAAA